AUGAAACAGAUGCUCACUAACUCCAUACUGGAGCUUGAUCAAGAAGGUAAUCCAUCUGCAGAUGUAUUGUUUGGAAGAUAUGCUCUACAAGCAACGAAGAAAAGCCAGAGAAAUCCAGGAGGUGCAAAGUCCUUGACGCUGCUGCUUCGAUAA